GUCCCGCGGUGACGACGACGCGUCAACGUCAACGCCACCGCCGGCAACGAAAAAGGCCAAGGGCAAACAACGAGCAGCCUUGACGCCGCCGACGCUGGUCCGUGAUGGGGCGACGUGGACGUGUGAUGCGCCACCGAAAGUGCGCUGUCUUCUUGGGUACGGCGAGUACUCGGACAAGGGCCACGACGAGGGCAUCCCGACACACCCGCUUCAGGGCCUCGUGCUCACGAUGAACCAAAAGAGCUUGCUUGACUCGGUGCGGCCCAUCUUCACGGCCCUCUUUGAGGCUUUUGCGACUGGCAAGCGCCCCACGUCGCUCCCACCCGCACCCACCAACGUCCACAGCACGUUGACCUUGGGCCUCGAUGACUUUGGCGCGUUUGUCAAGGCCGUCAAGCUCGGCCUGCUGGCGUCGGAAGAAGGCAUUUGGUUUAGUCAGUAUGCGGCCAUCGAGCAUGCGCGCACCUGCCUCACGCUCCACGGCUUCUUCGACUUUGUCGCGCACUUGUGUCGCGACAGCCGACGCUGCAAGCUCCUCGCAGCCUACCUCGAGAGCAUUGGCGUGUCGGAGGCCUCGCUGGUAGCACCGUCGGCGACGGCACCGACGACGCUCAUGGCGUUCCAGCCGGAAGACAACUUGCUCCACUGCCUCUCACGCCUCAAGCCAUCGAGCGCGGUUUCAUCCAACGUGGCGCCGUGGAAGUGCAUGUACUCUCUCUACUGCGACUUUGCCGUCUUGUGGGACGACGACGCCGCGUCGGCACCUGUCACAGCGGCUCCGUCGACGCAGCCGACGACGUACCGUGAGGUGGUGGCCCCGACAUCGCAUGCUACAGCGCAAGACGGCGACGCGUUGCACCAGGCGCUGCGCCUGCUUGCCGUCCUCUACAAGCAGUACGGCAACGACGCAAACGCCGAGAUGUGGGUCAACACGCGCUUGUCGCGGAAGCUGCGCCUCCAGCUGCAUGACGUGCUGAGCAUCACGAGCGGGUCGUACCCGAGUUGGUGCGACGAGCUCACGCGCCAGUUUAAGUUUUUGUUUCCGCUCGAGCUCCGGUCGAUGCUGUUUCGGACAACUGCGUUUGGCUGUUCACGGUCCCUCCACUGGCUGCGCGACCACUUGGAGCCGUCGACCGAGUCGGACGAGGUGCUCUCGAUCUCGCCGCUCCCGAAAGAACGCGCCAAGGUGGAGCGCAGCGACAUUCUCAAGUCGGCCGACGCCGUCAUGAAGGUCCACGGCAAGCGCAAAGCGAUCCUCGACAUUGUGUUUGUGGGGGAGCGCGGGUAUGGCUCGGGCGUCACGGCGGCCUUUUACUCGGCGGCCGCGCAAGCGUUGCAGUCGAAUGCACCUCUGGCGCUCUGGGUCCGCGGUGACGAAGACACGUCGGACGAUCUGAUUCGACACCCGAACGGCCUCUUUCCGCUGCCAACGGUGGCCGCCCGCGGCCGCAGCGAGCUCCUCGACCGCUUCCGCCUCAUUGGUCGCUUGGCGGGCAAGGCGCUCUUGGACGACCGCCUCUUGCCGUUGCCGCUCGCACCGCACUUUCUGCAACUCGUGCUGCACGAGCCGAUCGCAAUGCACGAUCUCCCAACCAUCUUUCUCGAGCCGGGCCGGAUCCUCUACUCGCUCUACAAGGCGGCGCAGGCGCUCCAGACGCACGCCCCCGGCUCUGUGACGAUCGAAGGCACGCCGGUUGCAGACUGGCUCGAGGCUGUCGACCUCUCGUUUGUCGACCCGUGCACGCAGACGGAACUCGUGGCCAACGGCGCCGUUCUCAGUGUCACGACGGCGAACCUCUCGGCGUACGUGGAUCAUGUGUUGGACAUUUGGCUUGGCCGCGGCAUUGCCGGCCAGGUGCAGGCUUUCCGCGACGGACUCAACGACGUGGUUGCGACUGAGAAGCUCCGGCUGCUUCACGCGCACGAGAUCCAGGCGGCGCUCUGCGGCACGGUCGACGUCGAGUGGACCGAGGCGUCGUUGCGGCAGACGAUCAAGCUCGCGCACGGCUACACGGCUACGAGCGCGCCGAUCGAGUACUUUAUCCAGACUCUCGUGUCGAUGACGACGUCGCAGCGGCGGGCCUUCUUGCUCUACGCGACCGGGUGCCCCAACCUACCGCCCGGCGGUGUUGGCCUCGAGACGCUCAAGCCACCGUUCGAAGUCGUUCGGCGCGUCAUCAGUGACGACGAGGACGUGGACCGUGCGCUGCCGUUUGCACGCACGUGCACCAACACGCUGCAUUUGCCCGCGUACUCGUCCAAGGCGAUCCUGUCGACGCAGCUCGAGUACGCGGUGCUCAACAGCAAGGGCGUCAUUGACCGCGACUAG